GAGAUCGAGUUGUUUUCCACAUCACUGCAACAGCUGAAGAUUGCACAGCAGAAGUUUGUGGAGUCUGAACAGAGCUUGGUGCGGAUGACACCGGACACCGAUGGAAGUGAAAUACUCGUUCCACUUACAUCAUCUAUGUAUGUACCAGGUAAAUUAUCAGAUAUCAGUAACGUCCUUAUAGAUAUUGGAACUGGAUAUUAUGUAGAGAUGGAUGUCAACAAUGGGAAGGAAUAUUUUAAGAGGAAAACGGACUAUGUUACAAAGAAUUUAGAGAAGGUACAGCCGAUGCUCCAAGAGAAGUACAAGUUGAAGCAAGUUACAAUGGAGGUGUUGCAGACAAAGAUUCAAGCACAACUAGCAACGAAACAAGCUGCUGCCAAGACAUAGAUUUAUUGAGGCAAUUUAAAUUUAGUUUAUUGUUUUGUGAAUGUAUAAUUGCCAUGCCUUAGCUCUGUCGAUAAUUAGUUGUCAUUCAAUCGUUUAUUCUCUACCGGUUAAUUCAUUUAUACACUCGAGGAUCGAUCCCACGACUGAGAAGUUUGUGUUAAAUAAAGGUCAUAAAGAGAUGGAGUACGACGUACCGUUUCUGAGCUCUGUACCACUAUUUCGCUGGAAAUUCCUUGCUAAAAGCUGUCUUAACAUCCAAGUGUCUACAGCAUAUAUUAGGUGCAUGGCUGUUUCUGAAACAUUAUCCAUGUAUUGUAUCUAUGAAUUUAAAUGUGCACAUAAUAUUUGUAAUAUUAUAUUGUGUGAAUAUACAGAUGCGUAGGAUACUUACGAUGCAAACUGUCAA